GUUAGACCGCAUCAACAGUGUGUUUACGUUUGCUGACACAAAUUCAAAUAUUACUUAUUUGCAAAAGAUGUGGGUAACUGGUUGAUCAACUUGAAAAGCGAUAAAGAUAAAUUCCGGCGAAAUGACAGACAGUAAGCUGGUCAUCUGGUUAGCGAUCCUUUCGCGGGUUUUGAUAAUCAUACUGCAAGCAUUUUCGAAUUUAUUCUUCCCCGAUCAUAAUGCAAAAGUGUUUGUAUCUCCACUCUCACCGCCAUUAAAUGGAUCAUCCACCUGUCAUUCAAUAAUUGACACAAUUUUCGGCGGUUUCAGACGAUGGGAUGCUGAGUAUUUUCUACACAUUGCUGAACAUGGAUACACCUACGAAAAUACGCUCGUUUUUUAUCCACUGUUCCCGUUUUGUGUGCGAUACAUAACCAACAUUGCCCACACGAUUCUCGGCAUUGAAUGUGAAUUCCGUGACUUAAGCCUCGUUGUUGCCGUUGUGCUGAACGUGAUUUUCUUUGUAAAAGCCGCUCUAGUUCUUCAUCAACUUACCAUUGAAACGUUCAACAACUAUCGUUUGGCUCGUAUCGUGGCGACAUUAUUCUGUAUCAAUCCAGCGUCGAUUUUCUUCAGCGCUCCAUACACGGAGAGUUUGUUCUCUUGGUUAAGCUUCAGCGUUAUGCUGCAUUGUGCGCGGAAUGAAAUUCGAGAUGCAAUUUUGCCACUUGCAUUGAGUUCAUGGUGUCGAUCCAAUGAACUUGGUUGUCGAUCCAAUGGCUUGUUGAAUUUCGGCUUCAUUUUGUAUUAUGUAACGCGAGAUAUUUGGUCCAAGGGAACCACGAAUUGGAUACAUUUUCUCAAGGGAUUUAUCAAAGUAUUAUCCUGUGCCAUUGUGGCUGGCAUUGCAUUUGUAAUCGUUCAAGCGUACUACUUUUCACCCUAUUGUGAAGGCAAUCCAUUAGAAAUGAACGAAGCGGUGCUAAACUAUGGGAACAAGAAUAAUUUCCUUUUAGCUGGACACCAAAAACCGCAGUGGUGCUCAUUUGCGGUGCCAUUUUCAUACUCUUACCUGCAGGCGUACUAUUGGAAUGUCGGGUUUCUGAAAUACUACGAAUUUAAACAAAUUCCCAAUUUUCUACUCGCCGCACCAAUUUUAGUCAUGAUAAUAUCGCACGCAGUUCGAUUUUUAAUUGAAAAUCCAAUAAUUGCAAGGCGUCUUGGAUUGAUUCACACAAAAGAAAACGCAGAAAAAUCAAGUCAAUUUGUAUACGUAAUUCAUGCACUUGUUCUGAGCAUUUUUUGCUUACUCUUCGUUCAUAUUCAAGUGUCGACACGAAUGCUAGCCUCAUCAUCACCGUACAUUUACUGGAUAUGCGCGCAGCACUUCCAGAAAGAGCAUCAUCAAAAUUCAUUCAAAGCAUUUCUACAGCCCAAAUCGCACAGCACCAAAUUCAUCAAGGCUUGGUUCCUCGGCUAUUUUGUUAUUGGAACCGUUUUAUUUAGUAAUUUUUUGCCAUGGACUUAAGAUUCUCUUUUUAUUAAACCAAAGUUAGUUUUGUUUCUGUGCUUUCAGAAUGGUUAGAAAAGACGAUGAGUGAUUGAAAUCAAAGGCAACAUGAGCGAUAAGAAACAUAAACACAAAUCGAAGGAAAAGAAGAACGAUAGAGAUCCUGAUCGACAUCGGAAGAGAAAACGAAGUCGCGAACGCCGAAGCAAGAGCAAAAGUAGAAGCAGAGAUAGACGAACGGAGCAAGAGAGGAGCGAUGACGAUUUUCGAAAUCAAAAUCAAGAACGAAACAGAGACAGAAACAGACAUCGAGAUGAAUAUCAAAUUAUGAGUGGAGAGAAAAUCCGUCGUCAUACUGAAGCCAAAGAUGAAAGUAGGCAAAGGUACAGAGAAAGAACCAUAAGCCGAAGUAGAUCGAAAAGCAGGGAUAGAUCAAGAGACUAUGGUCAUAGCAGCACUUACAAAUCACCGCACUCCUACGGUCAUGACAGAGAUCGUUCUACACGACGAGAAUAUCGUUCAACUAGCUCAUCUCCACCUCCCGAACGACACAAUGAUGAGAAAGACGUCACGAAUUUGGUGUAUUUUUCAUUUUUGGACUUCAAAUCUGAAUUGACAAAGGUUUUAACUGGAUACACAGUGCGUGAUAAGCUUGUGAACGACGUUGAGGACUUUUGGAUGUUUCUCAACAAAUACGAAACGACGCUUCGAAAUGUGGGAAAAACCAUUUUGCCUGAACCAAUUGACGAUAUGCCCGAUGACAAAAAUAGUGAUACAGCAAGUGAGCCAAAGCCAACUAAUCCAGCAAACGCUGAAAGGUUGAAAUUUUCAAUUCCAUUCGAUAAUCUCUACGCACGAUUGUCUUCAUACGAUCGGAUACACAAACUAUCCGAGAAGAAAGUGAAACAAUUCCUACGAAUAAUUCUUCAGUAUUUGGACUUUCUACAACACGAUAAACUGAUGAAAAUAAAGAAGCUGCAGAAAAUGCAAGCAGAAUUGCCAGUUGCGCGUUAUAGAGAAGAGAUCAUUGCUGCCGUUGCACGAGAACAAGUGGUUUUGGUGGCUGGGGACACAGGCUGUGGUAAAUCAACGCAAAUUCCACAAUAUUUACGACACGCUGGCUAUGAAAGUAUUUGCUGCACUCAACCGAGGCGAAUUGCUUGCAUCUCCCUUUCCAAACGAGUGGCUCAUGAAAUGCUGUGUGAAGACACGAAUGAAGUUGGCUACCAAAUCCGAUUUGAACGCAGUAAAAACAAAGAUACAAAAAUCAUUUUCAUGACGGAAGGGUUAUUGUUGCGUCAAUUAGCUACGGAGGCAGCACUCUCGCAAUUCGAUGUAAUUGUGUUGGACGAAGUCCAUGAAAGACAUUUACACGGUGAUUUUCUGCUCGGGAUCACAAAGUGUUUGCUCAAGGCAAGACCUGAACUCAAGCUAGUGCUGAUGUCGGCAACAAUCAAUGUGAAAUUAUUCGCGGACUAUUUCGUUGAAGAGAAGGUUCAUGUGAUUGAAGUUCCGGGUCGUUUGUUUCCCAUAAAAUUGCACUACAGGCCGCCUAUUGAAGAUAUCGGCGGUCGACAGAGUAAGGCUGAUCGACUUAGCCCGGAACCAUAUAUUCAAAUCAUGCAGAUGAUCGACAGCAAAUAUCCAAAAACGGAAAAGGGGGAUCUGCUCAUUUUCAUGAGUGGCCUGAAUGAAAUAACAACAAUUUGCGAUGCUGCUACGGAAUAUGCAGAGAAAAAUAAAAAUUGGAUCAUCCUUCCAUUGCACAGCAGCUUAUCAAUAGCUGAUCAAGACAAAGUGUUUGACUAUCCACCUGACGGCAUCCGAAAAUGUAUUGUAUCCACGAAUAUUGCCGAAACAUCGGUUACCAUCGAUGGUGUACGAUUCGUGGUCGACUCGGGAAAAAUGAAAGAGAUGAGCUAUGAUCUUCAGACGAAAAUGCAACGACUGAAGGAGUUUUGGAUAUCAAAAGCAUCGGCCAAGCAACGAAUGGGUCGAGCUGGCCGAACAGGCCCAGGCAUUUGUUAUCGUUUGUAUGCUGAAAAAACAUAUAACGAGCUGGAAGAAUAUUCACAGGCUGAAAUUCAUCGGGUACCAUUAGAAUCGUUGCUACUUCAAAUGAUAUCAAUGGGUCUGCCAGACGCUCGACUGUUUCCAUUCAUUGAGCCACCGGCAGCAGAUUCCAUUGAAAAUGGAUUGCUUUCGCUGAAGAAACAUGAUGCUCUAACCGCCAAUGAAAAAAUCACGGCACUUGGUCGGGCUCUGUCGAGACUACCUGUUGAAAUGUCAAUUGGGAAAAUGCUUUUGAUGGGCUGUGUAUUCCAACAAGUGCAACCGGUGCUCACACUUGCCGCUGCUCUGAGCGUUCAAACACCAUUCACCAAUCGAGCAUAUCGAGAUCAUGAAUGUGAAACAGCCCGUAAAGACUUGGAAUCGGAUCAUGGUGAUCCAAUAACAGUUUUGAACGCUUAUAGGGAAUGGCUUGAGCUGAAAAGAGGCCAAUUUAAUCGCAAAAAUGAGAGUACAAAGCAGUGGUGUCGGCGACGAGGUUUAGAAGAGCAACGUUUCUAUGAGAUCACCAAAUUGCGAAGACAAUUCGAAGAUUUGCUGAAAGAUAGUGGAUUAUUGAGCAUUGAAAACGAUGGCGAAAUGAGUGCCAGUGAAAGAAUCAUACGAAAAGGUGAACUUCGACAGCUAAAACAAAUGCGACGUGAGCACAAAAUCGAGGCACCAAAGAGACGUAAAUUGAAAAUGAAUCAGUAUACGAUUGAAAAUGAAGAUGAGGAUGAUGGUUCGGUCGAUAUACGUGAUGUUGACUUUCGUCUUUCGAACGACGCUUCGAAAAUUGAUGCUCUAGUAAGUGGUGCGAUUGCGUGUAGCUACCGAGACUUGAUAACUUUGAAAUUGAUUUUAAUCAGUGGCUUGUAUCCACAAGUGGCCAUUCCCGAUGAAUACAAUCAUAUGAAGGCUCCUGGUCAACAAUUCUAUCACACCGUGGCAAAACCGUUUACAUCACUCCAUCCAAUGAGCUAUUUUGCCAACAAUCCACAAAUCUUGCAACUAACACAACCAGAGAUUGCUGAUCCGUUUGGGACUUAUCGCACUAAGCUACCGUUAAGUUCAAAGCAUCAGUUACUUUGUUAUUUGUCGUUGUUGGAAACAGUAAAACCAUAUUUGAUGAAUACUUUACGGAUGCCCGCUGCACAAACCCUUCUCCUGUUUGCUCAUAGCAUUGAUACGAAUUCCACAUUUUCCAAGAUAAUUUGUGAUUCAUGGCUAUGUUUGGACUUCCCCCAACCAGAAUCUGGCCAAAGUCUGCUGUACAAAGCAUCGAAUUUGCGUCGAACAUGGAAUAAAUUGCUAGCAAACAAAUUAGAAUCGUUGACUAAAAGCGUCGAAUCGGAAUUGGCAAGCGACAAACGCGAAGCAGACACAAAAAUAUUGGAAAAUGAAUUAUGGUCGAAUUUAGCCGCUUACAUGAAUAGUGAAAUUUUGUAUACACUCAAACGACUUCUGCCCGCUGAUUUGAAGACAUUGUACGUUGGACCAACGGACGAUUACAAUGAGCUGCUGUCGCAAUUCAAUCCAAAUCCAUUUGCCGAAGAGUUCGAAUGUACACCAAACGAUGUGAAAGGAGGCAUUUAUAUCACGGAAAAUAUUUUAUAUGCUUCUGUUCGAGAGACAGAUUGGAGCCUUGAAAUAGCUGAUAUGAUUGUAAUGACCGAGUGGAAAUGUCCAAAUUGUGAAUUUAGCUUUAAUAUGACGGGAAUUCAAAAACUACAGCACAUGAAUGUAUGUAAGUCGCAGCCCAAAAGUGAUGAUUCAAGCAAACAAGGUGAAGUGGUUGAGCAAAAAAUGAAUGACCGCCCACAGAGCAGCAACACCAAACUAUUUAAUUGUCCAAAUUGUAAAAAAGAUCUCUAUUUAACAUCCAUCGAAACAUUGAAGCAUCGAAAAUCGUGUCAAAAGCAAUCUGAAUAGGCGUACUGAUGAAUUUUUCAUCGAAAUUUCUAUAUCAAGUUGUGAAUAAAAGUGUAAUUCCUAGAAUAAAUAAGAAAUUUCCCAGAGAAAAA